AAAUUCAAACUUUUUUUUUUUUAACCAGUUGGAGGGGUCCCACAGGUUUUAACAGUUGCAGACUCCUGUCUUAUACCGUUACAAAGGAAGUGCGCCCUCUGGCGUCGCUGCGGUGAAGUUCACUUCCUCUCCGGUCUGACCUCAUCGGUUCUUCCUGACGUGGCGGGCCGCUAAAGGUUCAGUUCUUCCCCGUGGGCCGCUUCGAUUGGGCGCCCACUUUUUUUGACAACUUUCCCGAAAAAAUGUAAAUACACAGGUGGCCGCCGCCGAAAGGUUUUCAUGCAAAUAAAGCAGAAGCGAAACCGAGUUUCCGGUUUCAAGGCGCCGCCAAAGUUCAGAGGCAAUGUUGGAGUGGAGACCGGAGGAGACAUGCCGCAGCUGAGUGCCGCCGCCGCGCUGCAGAUCGCGCUGCUGCUGUCCGCCGUGCCCGCGCAGUACUACCUUGGCAGGUGGAGCGGCUCCACGGCGGCGAGGCGCUACCACGCGACCGCACGAUUACUUCGCAUAUGGAAGGAAUGGAGAUCCUCCUACCUGAACGGAACUGCAUGGGUGGACUGGACAAAUGAACAGAUAUCGAAGCUCAGGAGCCUGGUCGGUCUGGAGCAGGAAGAUCCGGAGUCGCCGGCUUCUCCUCCGCUGGAGUCAAUGCUUAUCGACAACGAUCAGGGAUUCUUUGGAGCCUCGAAGGCGGUGCGCAGCCCUCGCCCGCCGUACGUGUUCCUGCGCGUCGGCGAGGUGGUGAUGGAGAGGAGGGGCCACAUGGUGGGGGUGGUGGUGAGCUGGGACCCGGAACUCCGAGCUCCACCCGAGUGGACCGACAGAAUGCUUUCAGACCCUGAGGGCAUGACGGUGGAAAAGACGCCUCAUUAUAAGGUUCUGUUCGGUGGACCCGGCCCGUCCUCUCUGAUGGUUGCAUAUUUACCCCAGACGCAGCUGGAGCGAGUCACCGGGAUGAGGCCCGACAUCCCCACCCUGGAGAACUACUUCACCCACUACGACGGGACGCGCUUCGUCAUGCAGCCGUGGCUCAGAGCGCUCUUCCCCGAAGACGAGAGCGAGGACUGAUGGGUCUAAAACAACUCGCCACUUUCCUCUUCUAUGGAGCUAAAUCAGGACCAAUUUUAUUUGAACCCAAAUAAAACAACUUCAAAAAAAUAUUGGUGUUUGGCCAAAAAUGUUAAAUGUCUGAAACCUU